UCUCCACAACUAACAACCACCAUGGCUAAGCUUCUGGCUCUCUCUCUUUGCUUUUGCUUGCUGCUUCUGCGAGUUAGCAGCUCUGCUUUCAGGCAGCAGGCGGAGGAGAAUGUGUGCCAGUUCCAACGCCUCAAUGCUCUGAGACCUGACAACCGCAUUGACUCGGAAGGCGGUUUCAUUGAGACUUGGAACCCCAAGAGUCAGGAAUUCCGGUGUGCCGGAGCCACCCUCUCUCGCUGCACUCUCCGCCGCAAUGCCCUUCGCCGCCCUUACUACUCCAAUGCUCCCCAGCAGAUCUUCAUCCAGCAAGGAAGCGGGUACUUUGGGUUGAUAUUCCCCGGUUGUCCUGCGACAUUUGAAGAGCCAAAUCAUCGGGGAUCCCAAAGGCACCAAAAGGUGCAGCGCUUCAAAGAGGGUGAUCUCAUCGCGGUGCCCCAUGGUGUUGCUUUCUGGAUGUACAAUGACCAAGACACCGAUCUUGUUACCCUUUGUUUUAUGCACACCGACAGCUUCCACAACCAACUUGACUACUUCCCCAGGAAAUUCAAUUUGGCUGGGAAACAAGAGCAAGAAUUCCUACAGUACCAACAUCAACACGGUGGUCCCCGUAGCCAGGAAUUUAGCCCACGUGACCACCACGAAGGCGAAGGUGGAAACAUCUUCAGCGGCUUCACUCCGGAGUUCCUCUCACAUGCCUUCCAAGUUGACAGGGAGAUAGUGCAAAAUCUAAGGGGGGAGAACGAACGCGAGGAACAGGGACCCAUUGUGACAGUCAGGGGAGCCCUCAGAAUCUUAAGCCCUGAAAGAGAGGAAUUUGAUGGAAGAGGAAUGGGCAAUGGGAUUCAGGAGACUAUUUGCACUGCAACUGUUAAGAAGAACCUUCAAGGAUUGACAACCGAAUUCAGCUACAAUCCUCAAGCUGGUAUCCUUAGAAAUGUGAACGAUCUCAGACUCCCAAUCCUCAACUGGCUUGGACUCAGUGCUGAAUAUGGAAAGCUUUACAGAAAUGCAAUGAUUGUUCCUCACUACAAUCUCAACGCAAACAGCAUCAUAUAUGGAUUGAACGGACGGGCACACGUACAAGUAGUGGACUGCAAUGGCAACAGAGUGUUCGACGAGGAGCUUCAAGAGGGUCACGUGCUGGUGCUGCCGCAGAACUUCGCAGUAGCUGUGAGGUCGCAGAGCGAGAAUUUCGAAUACGUGGCAUUCAAGACAAACUCAAGGCCCAGCAUGGCCAACCUCGCCGGUGAAAACUCCAUCGUAUGGAACUUGCCGGAGGAGGUGGUUGCGAAUUCAUAUGGCCUCCCAAGGGAGCAAGCAAGGCAACUCAAGAACAAUAACCCCUUCAAGUUCUUGGUUCCGCCUCAAGACUCUCACAUGAUGAUCAAGACUGAUGUGGCUUAGAAAUAGCAACUGUGUAGUUACAUCCCUCCAACUCCUCCCUUUCAAUACCGCGCAACCGUUCUUUCGAAUAGUCUUUGACGGCCAAAUGAUACCCAAGCAAGAAUGAUACAUAUUUAGUUAGGGUGGCUAUUCCAAUGAAGAUUUUAUGAUUGUCAUCAUAUAAGAUAUUUCAUUUUGACCA